UUUGAGGCAAUCAGAUUGAAGGAUUUACAAACUCUGAAUAUGACAUUCAAAUUGAUGAAUAUUGUCAACGUUUGCCUACUUGGACAAGGAAUUGGUCAUUGGAUAACUUCGCCAGUUUUGAUUUUUCCAAAUUUGGCAAAGUUUGACAAUGUGAUAAGGAUAAUUGGAGGUAUUAUGAACACCUUAUGGAUAUGCGAUUUACCGAUUGUUGCUUUAUUAUCCGUUUUUCGAAUUUUGAUAUUUUUAAACAUGGCUCACAUGUACCUUAAAACGAUUAAAUUGAUUCUUGCUCUCAUUUUAUUUCGGAUUCUUUUGUUAUUGAUCUACGGAUUGACAAUUCAAAAUAUGGAAAUGUACCCUCCAGGCUGGGGAUAUGAUUUCACUGUCCCAUACAGUCAUACCUUCGACACUUUGGAGAUUUCUCUCAGUUUCCCAUGCCUAAUUAUUUCCUUCAUUUCCUACUUGAUAAUUACAUAUUUGAUUAUUUCGGUAAAAAAAUUGCAUAGCAAUGCGAGGUCCAGAAAAGAUGAAAUUGCAAUCCUGCUGCAAUCAAGUUUUGUUACAACUUACAUCACUGUGAUGAUAUGCUUAUGGCAUCCAGCUCUGUUCAAAUUUGUUAACAUUAUUGAUAUGACUAGUAUCACAAAUCAAGCAAUCUUAAAUGGUCUCUGGAUUCUUCACUGUUACAUUAAUCCGUGCAUGCUUUUACUAUUUAAUAAGUGA